AUGGGUUAUAUUCAGUUUCAUCCUGUUGGUGUCCCCCAAGGUAAUGUGGUGUCUUUGGGCCUUUUGAAUGAGCAGUUGCAACGGCAGCGGGCGAUUCUGCCAGAUACGGAUCUGAGUAAUGAAAUUAGCCAAGUGAACAGCAGUAGUACAGGUUAUUACAAUGCGGCACAAACAAAUAACAGCAACAAUAGUGUGGCAGUAAAGAACUACAAUGACUACAAUGACUACAACUACAGAGAGAACUAUAACUACAACGAUAAUAGCCAAUAUGCCUGCAGGACAGACAACACAUCUAUCGUUCAGAAGAACGAAUUGACAACGACUCAGUUAUGGGAUUUCUUAAUGACUGCUGAUAACCUGUCUCUAAGAUCUGCUGGCGAAGACAGCCAGUCACUAGCUGCGGAGGAACCCCCAGCAGCUCUAGGUUCUUCUUGUGCGGAGCCUUCGUCUCUUGAUGAGGAGAUUUGCAGUGGAUUCAGCUUUAAACUGCCUGGUAGCUCGUCCUUAGUAUCGCCGGUGAACUUUGAUGAUAUUUCCUCAACAGACUCAGGAGACUCUGUUCAGAUUUUAGAUAUCUCCCUUGAAGACCAGAAUUAUAGUAGUAACAUUACUCCCUCCUCCUUCGCCUCCAAUUCUGCCACCCACGAGAACUACCAUAGAAUUGUGUGCCAUCCACCAACCACUGAAAGUACCACUAUCUAUAAAUGUCCAUAUUGCCCUUCUAGCUUCAAGGUUCGGGGUUACCUAACAAGACAUUUGAAAAAACAUAUGCCAAAUAAAGCCUUCCGCUGUCCUUACUGGUCUGAAGACUGCAGAUGCCACCCUUCAGGAGAAUUCUCUCGCAAGGACACCUUCAGAACUCAUCUGAAGUCUAUCCACUUUGUCUACCCAGUAGGUACUACCAAAGCCCAAAGGGCUAAUUCCGCCGGACGUUGUGCGGCGUGCUACGAACACUUCAACAGUAACAAGGAUUGGCUGAAAUAUCACAUCGACGCAGAUAACUGCAAGGAUUUCAAAAUUAAGCUUGAAGCUCACAAAUCUAAUCUAUAA